AUUCAAGUGCUGAUUAAACUAAAAAAAUAUCAAAAAUUUUAAUAAUUUAUUGAGAAGAACUGACUGAUUAAUUUUUGGUUAAAAGAAUAUAUCAAUCAUAGAUAACUGCUAAUCAACGAUUGUACAACCCUUUUAUCUUCUGAAGGUAACUAAACUGUUCGAUGUAAUACAGCUCAUAUGCCAUAGAUGCCACUAGCAUCGAGGACACAGUUGAAAAACCGAGUGCUAUCUAAUGAUUUAAAUACUCGAAGACUAAAUGAUCUAAACCCUCGAGGUGUUCACGAACGGCUUUCCGGUGUUGGGUUUGGUGCGGUAUUUUGUUAUCGUGUUGUCUUCGUCACGCCGUUAUCUGUCAUUUCGGGCGUUGAUCAUUGUCAAAUUCGUGGUAGCGUUCGUGGCGAAUCGGCCGAAGAACACCACUACCGUUUCGACCACGUAACGAAAUAAUACGUAUAAUCAACAUUCGCCGCAUUUCCCCGUACGGCUCCGCUUCACAACGAAGAGGUGUAUCAACACCCAUGAGCGAGAGGCCGCAGUUUAUACGCGGAAUAAUGCAUUCACGUUUGUCGCGCUUGUAAGACACCAACCAGCCGCCGUAGUCGAUUGAAGCGAUACAUUUCGCUUUCGUCACUGCGUCACCACGCGAACAUGCCCAUGCUGCUUUCACGACGAAAUCGCGAGCAGAAAGUGACUGGUUCGAACCUGGAGUUCACUCAUUUCCAGAGAUUUCAGCUUUGCAGAUAAUAUACACAAUUGUAAAAGUGCUGUUUAUAUCGAUCAGACAUGAUUCAAGCUGAUCAGUGAAUUGACAAAGGAUAGCCUUGUUAUAUGGAUGCGUGCUGAUUAGCAUAUCAGUUUUGUAUGCUAUAUACUCUUUUUUUGUAAAUUUAUUAUGCUAUCAUCAUGACCACAAUACUUUCUGAUAAGCAGAUCCAUCAACUGAGUAUUAGCAUCGGGAAAGCUGUAAAUUCAACGGAAACCCCGGUGAAAGAGAAACAUGUGCGGAGUGCAAUUAUUGGUACGUAUCGAGAGAAGAGCGGAGCCAUCUUCUGGAUGUACAUGCUGAGACAACCAUUGCAAGAAAAUCAAAUUGUUGCGUGGAAAUUCUGUCAUGUUCUGCACAAAGUAUUACGUGAAGGACAUCCUCGGGUUGUCGUUGACUCUCAGCGAUAUCGCGGCAAAUUGGAGGACAUCGGCAAGCUCUGGCAACAUCUUAGAGAAGGCUACGGUCGUCUUAUACAGUUGUACUCAAGGCUAUUAAUUACUAAAUUGGAUUAUCAUAAAAGAAAUCCGCGUAUACCUGGAAAUCUACAUGUAACAGCGGAAGAGCUAGAGGCUAUUGGAGAGAAUGAUAUUAAUGUGUAUUUCCAGAUGUCUGUCGAGAUGUUUGAUUAUAUGGACGACAUUUUGAAUUUGCAGCAUGCAGUUUUUGGUUCUUUGGACCUGUCGCGCUCGAAUUCGAUGACACCCUGCGGUCAAUGUCGACUCGCGCCUUUAAUCCCGUGCAUCCAGGAUGCUUCUCAACUGUACGAUUGCUGCGUGAAAAUUCUGUUUAAGCUGCACGGCGCACUACCAGCAGAUACAUUGACCGGACACCGUGACCGUUUCUCGAAACAGUUUCACGAAUUGAAAAGCUUUUACAACACUAUCAAGCACAUGCAGUAUUUCAAGCAUUUGAUAGCGAUUCCGUCGUUGCCGGAGAAUCCACCGAACUUUUUGAUACAAGCCGAGCUGAGAACAUACGUCACGCCAAUAGUGGUACUUCCGCCCGAAGAAGCCAUAGAUAGCGAGACUGCCAUAGAGAAUCUUAUCGAUACAUCUGAUGCAGGAUCUUUAACGGGCGAUCAGUUGGAUUCUACAAACACACGAAACGGUUCGCUGUCACCUGAUGCUCUUACAGAAAGAGACAAUCUUAUUGACCACUUGUGUCAAGAGAACAGUCGUCUCAGACAAGAAGUAAAUCGCUUGACAGCGGAGUAUCAGCAAAUAGUUGCAGAUCAUAGAAAUCGCAUUCUAGAGCUCGAAUCGACCCUUUCUACCAAAAGCAAUGAAAUUGUGGCGGAGAAACAACUUUGUCAAAAGCUAUUGAAAGAAAACACGAUUAUCUUAGGAAAAUUUGAAGUAAUUGAAGGAAAAAAUGAAGUUUUAGACGAGAAGUUUAAAAAACUCAAGGAUGUUUACUCAAAGUUGAGAGAUGAACAUAUCAGUUUGAUUAGAAAGAAAUCUGAGCUAGAUAAAGAACUGGGAGGAUUAAAGAUAUUACGAGAGCAAUCUGAACGGCGUACGUUGAAAGCUGAGGAGCGUCUGGAAGAAUUGCUUCAAGGACAAACGUCAACAGAACAAGAAGCGCAGAGAGUAACACAAGCGCGCCAAGAUUUGGAAGAUGUGAGAAAGAAGCUUGAUGCUGUUCAAACUGAAAAUUUGGCGCUAGCAGCAAAAAUAGAUUUUAUUACAUCAGAAAAAACUGCUCUGGAAGGAGAUCUUCAUGAUUUGCUGGUACAAAAAGAGGAAAUGGAUUUGAAAGUAGUGAAUGUGGAAGCUGAUGCCGAACGAUCCCGUAAUCAAGUGAAAACGGAGGCCAACACAGCUUUAUUCGAUUUACUAUUGAAUGCUAUAUCAGAAGCGGAAUCUAUCUUGCAUCACGCAAUGCACGCGAUUGAUAAUCCGGCCAUAUCGGCGCUAACUUGUACGCCCGAUUAUCUCAAUACUUUACUGGAGCCGACCGAGAAAUCAUUGAACGAUUUAGUGGAAGCGUAUGAUAAUUAUAUAUCCGAUUCGACGAAAGGAAAAUCGCUAGUUCGCACCGCUAUACACGGCGCGUACUUUCUCGCUCUCUAUUUGAUUUACGCGAAAUCUACGUCGAACACAUCGACGGAUAUUGGUUCAGCCGACAGAUUUGCCGAUGAGUGCAAACAAUUAGGCUCGCAAGGUUUAAUUAUGUUGAGUUAUAUCAAAGAGAAGUCUUCGGCGACCGUGGUACAAAUUGCAAAUGUCAAAAAUCAAUUACAAAAGAUUUCAUCUCUCAUAAAUACAUUGUCGACUACUCAGAACAACGUGGAGGUUAUUGGAAAUUUAGUAGAAAACGAGUUGCAGAGUAUGGAUAAGUCUAUAGAGGAAGCGGUUGCAAGAAUACAGGAUAUGUUGGAUAAAUCUCGCGCGGCGGAUUCAGGCUUGAAACUGAAAGUAAACGAACAGAUCCUGGAUUCUUGCACGGAAUUAAUGAAGUUUAUCAGAAUACUGGUGCAGAAGUCUCGAUUGCUGCAAAAAGAAAUCGUGGAGCAGGGAAGGGGAACUGCGUCGGCUACCGAGUUUUACAAACGCAAUCAUCAGUGGUCCGAAGGCCUCAUCUCGGCAGCGAAAGCGAUUGCUAUGGGUGCAAACUUUUUGCUAGAAGCGGCGGACAAAGUUGUAUUGGGCAAUGGGAAAUUUGAACAAUUGGUAGUCGCCUCGCAAGGAAUCGCGGCGUCUACCGCUCAAUUGGUAGUUGCUAGCAGAGUCAAGGCGGAUAGAAACAGUACGAAUUUGACUGAACUUUCUAAAGCUUCAAGGGAAGUGACUCAAGCCACGGCAAAUGUUGUCGCAACCGCUAAAAGCUGCAAUCAUCUUGUCGAGGAAAAUGAAGAUUUAGAUAUGUCUAACCUGAGUCUGCAUCAGGCUAAGAGGCUAGAAAUGGAGGCGCAAGUGCGCAUCUUGGAAUUGGAGCAAGCUUUAGAAAACGAAAGAUUGCGCUUGGCCGCUCUUCGACGUUAUCAUUAUCAAUUUGAUGGUGAGAAUGAAGCGUAAACGUGAGCAUGAGUUUGAAUUCAGAUUAAGGAUACUCACCAAUCAUGAAAACGAUAUGUAGAUAAACAAUUGUAGCAGUUGUGUGUAAAUUAAUCUACCGAAGCCGUCGUAGAAGUUGGUUCCUCGUCACCGAAAAAGGUUUAUUAUUCAUUUAUUCUCAGCAUUUACAGCGAGUCACAAAAGUAUUCGUAUGCUCCUCAGUUCUUGAUCUCGAGUGAUAUUUUUUGAAGAAAGAAUUCUUUCGAAUCUCUUUAUCGAUACUAACAUGUAUCGAUUGUAUGUAUCGAUGUAUGUAUUAAUAUUAAAUGUAUAAAUCUUAUAUGAUAAGUGUAUUGUACGAAUUGUGUAUGUAUGUACAAUCAAAAUAUUUACAAGUCUGAUCUAUCUCAUCUUCCAAGCUACUUUGUACAGUUCAUAUUAGUACACAGUACCGCACUGUACCGUCAGACAUGGUCAAUGUAAAAAUGUGGCAAAAUGUCAGUAAAGUGAAAAGAAGAAUAAUUAAAAGUAAAUCUAUAAUCGAAAAGAGAAAAUCAAACGAAUCUAUAAUAAAAAAUGAAAAGCAUUUAAAGAAAUUGACUUUGAAAUCAAGAACUGAAAAGUACGUAUAUUUUUGUAUAUAUUACGCAUGUAUGUUUCUUGAAGAUCAACGAUCAUUUUCCGUCAUACCACGGAAAUCAAUUAAGUGUACUUUACUAAAUGAUGCUCGAAACAUAUUUUUAUCACAUCAGAAUAAUUUAAUUUAUAUUAUGCCAUUUCUUAAUCUUGUAUUUAAUGUAAAUCUUUUUCACGUUAUCUGUUAUUGUAUUACUCAGAGCAUUUAUGAGACAAAGUACAUUUUGCAGAAAGUUUAACGAGCAAUGAUAUUCAAAAUGUCCAACGCGAAUUUUUAUUACAUUUGGAGUAAUUUUUAUAAGAAUCGUGUUUUUUCCUAAACGAGUACAUUUAUAAGGAGGAUUGUAUGUUAAGUGAUCAAUAUAUCCAAAACGUUAAACUUAUAAAGAUUACUAACUUUGUUUUAGAUAUGAAUUAUUUUCGUUUUCAAGUAGAUGAUUUAUAUGUUGCGUAAAAUAAUUAGUUUAGAUUAUAGAACAUCAAUUUUUAUUACGUUUCCCUGGCGAGACACUCGAAAUUGCCAUACGUAGAACUUAACAUAUGAGAUUCCUCUAACAGUCUUACCAAAGUUAUUUUAUGAACACAGUUUUCUCAAUAAAUCAUCGAGAAUCAUC